AUGGAAAGCCAAUUAAUGAAAGACUAUGAUAGCCAAGGCGGGCGAUACAGUGACUAUGCCACUCAGUUCCCCUUUGCCAAGAUAGAAACAGAGCUUUUCCGAGCUGCCUUGGGAGACUGUGCGGGAUUGACAGUUCUGGACCUUGGCGGGGGCAGCGGGCUCAAGGCGCGCGAAGCCGUUGACGCCGGCGCGGCCAGCGUGGACGUGGUCGACAUCUCCGUCGAGAUGAUGCGGGCCGGCCAGGAGGUCGAGACGUCGCUCGGUCGCGAAGGGCGUGUUAUUUCCUGGCAUACUGGCAACAUCGCCCAGCCCCUGACACACCUGCCCCUUCGUCCGUCGUACGACCUGGUCCUUGUGGGGUGGACGUUCGACCAUGCCCACGAUCUCACCGAGUACGAGGGCAUGUGGCGCAACGCAGCAGCGUACUUAAAACCCGGCGGCCGUUUCAUAGGCAUCCGUGUCGGAGACCCUCGGAGCGAGGCGUGGGAUGGCCGGUACGGAACCCUCACAUCAGCGUUUGAGGAGACGGCCGAUGGUCUGAACUAUCGGUAUGCCCUCUUACUGAACCCCCCACUGGAGUUUGAGGCAAGUUCAAUCAACUUGAGCAUGAAGGGAAGUACAGAGCUACCGGAGAAGUAUGGAUUGACAGGUUUCUCGUCAGUGGCUCCCGAAGAAAUGUCAGUGGUCAAGGAGGAUCCAAACUUUUGGAAAUCUUUUGUAGAUAACCCUGGAUUUGUGGUCUUUCAGGCUACGAAGAGAUCUGACGUGUAG